AUGGCUCCCACCAAGUUCGAUGUCCUCAUUCUCGGCAGCGGGACUUCGAGCCAACUACCUGUGAUAAGCUGUUUGAUAGCCAAGCCGCCCAAGAAAGGCUGCCAAUGCUGUCUGUCCACGCUGGCAGCGGACGGCUCCGGGCGCAAGAACGCCCGCCGAAACACCAGCGCCAUCGUCCAGUUCCAGCCCAAUCACCAUCUCGCAGACUCCGAUCAGGCCCCGGCCCAGCGACCGGCAACAGUCUUGAUCGAUGUCGGCAAAAGCUUCUGUGAAGCUGCCCGCGAACAUUUCCCGAAACAUGGCCUCGACACAAUCGACGCUGUCUUCUUGACCCAUCCCCAUGCGGACGCCAUCAAUGGUUUGGAUGACCUUCGAGCUUGGACUCUAGAUGCGGUGAUUCAAGCGACGAUUCCGAUAUACUGUAACCAGUCUACAUUCGACGAAGUUGCUAAGAUUUUUCCGUACAUGGUCAACCCCGGUGGCGGAACUGGAGGCGGAGAUGUGCCGGCCUUUCAAUGGCACAUUAUCGAAAGCGAUGUGCCCUUCGAGCUCUUGGGCGUCCAGGUGUCCCCCCUCAAGGUCCACCACGGGUGUUACUUCAACGCCUGUGGGCAACCCUCGAGUCCGUACGAGUGCCUGGCCUUCCUGUUCGACCAGACGUUCUGCUACAUGUCCGAUGUGUCCUCGAUUCCCGAGUCCACAUGGGCCGCGCUGGGCUGUCCAUCCACGCCAAGCACGCCCCGGCUCACCCGCUCGCUGUCGAACCUCACCGAGGAGAGCUUCGGCUCCGACAAUCUGUCGCUUUCCUCCGCAUCCUCCAUGUCGGACUGCUCGCAUUCGUCGGCCUCUUCGGUCUCGGAGGCCGACGGCCCCCCCGCCGGGCUGCCCCUGCUCAUCGUGGACACCAUGCGUCUGACACACCACAUUUCGCACUUCGGAAUAGCCGACGCGGUCGAGACUGCCGCGAAGCUGAGGGCCCACCGCACCUACAUCCUAGGAUUUACCCAUGGUGUCACACACGAGUGUUGGCAGGCCGCAUGCGAGCUCAUCAGCGAAACCAGCAACACAGGACUCCAGGCGACGCUCGAUCCAUCUCCCCCUUUCCCAGAGGACAUCGAACUGGGAAACGAUCCCCCGAGAUUCUCGCAGCAAGCCCUGGCAUUGUGCCAAGAUCACAUCAAAGAGGCUCCCCUGUGGAUUCGCCCGGCAUUUGACGGACUGGUCAUCUCCACUGAUGGCGUAAAAACCACCGACAAUUUCCAUCCUUGA